UUAUGAAAGUGUAAACAAUCACUGCUUUAACUAUCAUCUAUAACAUUUAUUUAGACCUUAACCAAAAAAUAUAUUCACAAAUUCCACAGAAGUAUUCAAAAUAAUAACUCAUACACGUAAUACCCGGCACUUCAAUACAACAUCCAAAAUGGAAGCCGCCAGUGAAAGAAAAACCCAGAUUAUGGAAAAGAGGAAGCUCAUGGGCGACAAGAGGAUGAGCAUGGGAAUGAAGUCCUUCUAUGCCUCGGUAAUGGGAAGCAUUUUUCGUAUGAGCGAUGAGCAGCGGAACGCGUUUGCAGCCAUGUAUAGGCGCCACAAGGCUGACGCACAAUAUGUUAACAAUAACUACGUUGAUGAUCCCGUGGAGGAGUACGUGCCUAUUUAUCAAACCGUAUUCGAUGACGACCGGGAUCCCGUGCACGAGCCCACAUUCUCUAAACACCGCAUACCCCUUCAGAUACGUUGUCUGGAACGUUACCACAAUUCCAAGCGGGAGUACGCCGAUCAGUUCAAGCGGGAAAUCAAACUUCUGAUCGACAACCAGUCCACGGCGCAGGAGGCUUGGCAAUUCGUAAGAACCAUGGCCUAUACCACACUUUGGCCGCCGCUGCACACAAGAAAAGAGCUCAAGAUUUUCGAAUUGGACUUUUGCAAGCUUAACCCUCAAGAGCAGAAGCGCUAUAACAAAAUAAUGGCGACCAACUUUUCUUAGUCUUUAAGUUUUAAUAUAUAAAAUUUUAUAAUUUAAAAAAAAAAUAUAUAAAAUAAUAAAAGC